GCGUCCGCGCGGAGCAUGGCCCUGGGGCCACCAGCUGCUGGUGGGAUUCUGCUGCUGCUGCCGCUCCUGCCGCUGCCGCAGGUGGGUUGGGCCGCGCGUGAGGUUCGGGCAUUUGGGGCGGGUCUGCGACCGGCCACGCCCCGCCUGGGCUCACCUCUGUCCCCGCAGGUGGCGCUGGGCUCCGCGGAUCGCAGCUGCGACCCUUCGGACCAGUGCCCUUCCCAGGCCCGCUGGAGCAGCCUGUGGCACGUGGGGCUCAUCCUCCUCGCUGUCCUGCUGCUGCUGCUGUGUGGAGUCACCGCCAGCUGUGUCCGGUUCUGCUGCCUCCGGAAGCACGUGCACACACAGACACACCUGCCCCCAGUAUGGCAACCCUGCGACCUCACUGUCAUCCCUGUGGACAGUGACAGCCCUGUGCAUAGCACUGUGACCUCCUACAGCUCCGUGCAGUACCCACUGGGCAUGCAGCUGCCCCUGCCUUUUGGGGAACUGGACCCUGACUCCAUGGUCCCUCCUGCCUAUAGCCUAUAUGCACCUGAGCUGCCACCCUCCUAUGAUGAGGCCAUGAAGAUGGCAAAACCCAGAGAAGAGGAGCCGACCCCCUCUCAGAAACCCAGUCCUCUUCCUGGGACCUCGGGCCUAGAGACCUCUCCAGGGCCCUGGGAGCCAAGCCCCAGUGUUCAGCAGCCUGCCAGUAGCCCUGGCGCCCCUUGAAGCAGGCAGAAGGGCUCUCCCAGAGCCAAAGCACUUGGAGUCCUGACUCCUGGAGCCAAGGUCCCCCGGGCUGCCCCACUAUCCUUUCCCCUGGGAAGGUCAGCCAUCCAGCACACUGCUGCAGACCUGGCCUCGUUGCUAUGUAACGCCGGCCAGCCAACCAACCCCGAAGGCAGGCUGAGUCCCAGCCCCUGGCCAGGCCCUAUCAGGUCCUCAGCGUGGAGGAGGCCCUGUAGGCCUGAGACUUGGGAACUCAGGGCCAUCUGUGGUGUCCAUGACUUUUUGGAGAAAGAAUAAAAUUUAUGUCU